GACAUCCCGGCCCAGGGUCAUAGAACUAAAUUGGGACUUGGGAGGAUCCUUACAUUGUUACUCGCUUGCGCUCAUCUCAUUUUCUCUAUCAAACACUUCACCGGCGGGUCGAAAGCUGAAAGAGAAAAAAACAAUGACGUCGGCGAUCCUGCGAUCUGGUCUUCUUCGAAGCGUUCUUCGCGGCGGCUCAAAGACCUCCGCUCCAGCCAAACGCCAAUUCUCUUCUUCCGCUCAUCACGAUGUUGAAUUUGAGGCCAAAGAAGCAUCAAAAUGGGAGAAGAUAACUUACCUUGGAGCUGCGUCUUGCUCUGCCUUAGCCUUUUACUGUUUGUCAAAGGGCCAUCAUCACUUUGACGAGCCUCCGGCAUACCCCUACUUGCAUAUCCGCAACAAGGAGUUCCCAUGGGGACCGGAUGGGCUUUUUGAGGUGAAAGAGCAUCAUUGAGUCAUCGAUUGCACCUAUUUAAGUGGAGAUUGGAGUUCCUCUUGUUUAUGAUUUCACUUUUCUCUGCCCCUUUUUCCUGUUUAACCAAUGAAUUGUUGGGCAAACUGAGUUUCUUUGAUUUCAUUUAUGGUGGAUUACUAGACCAGGAAUCCUCCAGUUGAGUAUCUUCCAUGUUUAUGUUUGGUUUUAAGUUGGCGCUGCAAAAUAAAACUGAUACAGGUUUGGAAUAGCCUCCCUCCAUUCUAGCUACCAUGGUUCUUAUCGAUGUCUCCAUUCUGCGGUUAUCAUACUAUCAUGUGCAGUGUAGACUGCUGUCCAAAUAACUUCUGUGAGUGCUUCAAGUUCUUAAUAAUCCUUGUAGCAUUAAGUCACCUAUUCAUUUAAUGGUUGUAAUUGUUUGGAUCGCCUGCAUUCAUGAGAAUUGUCAGGUUUUUACAUCUUGAUGCAAAAUUACCCUUCUGUGGUUGUAAAAUAGAUGUUU